GUCGCAGAGCGUUCAUCUCUGCGUCUACAGCAGCAGUCAGAGUUUUUUCAUUCACCGUCGUAAUCGCAUUCGGGAGGAAAUUUUUCGUGUCCAUCGUCGAGUCACCAGCAGGUUUCCGCUCCGUCACUGUCUCGUAAUUUAGCGGACCUUGUGCUGAAGUUUGCGGCAAAUUGCCUCUGGCGGAUAUUGACAAGUGAAGUGCGAUUCGCGGUGCAUGACGUGGCAAAAAUCCGUCGGGAAACGGCGCCCUGGUUGUUGGAAAUUUUGGAUUUUUCGGUUCGAGGCUGCUGAUGGUUGCCGCCGUGAAGGUGAAGGAGUGAGCGAGAAAGAGUGUCAGUGAAAAAGAGUUUUUUUUUCUUUGCUAGUGAAGUGAAACUAGCAGCAGCAUCGGAAGUCAAGGAAAAAAAGGAGUAAAACGAAUGCGUGUAAGGUAGAAGGAAGAAGAAUCGAAGGUUGCUGGAAGCGUAGGAAGAAUAUAGGAGAACGGCUUCUGUCUGUUCUACUGGUUAAGUAUAGAAGAAAACCUGGAAUCGCAAAUCCGGAUUACCUACGCUGACGACGAGACUCGAAGGGAAACGUCAAAGUGGCAGUGUUUUGAUAAGUGGCAUUAGCGAAAGUCUGGCAGUGGAUUCGUAAUUUACGCGGCAGGAGAAUUCGGAAAACUCGAUAAACCACAGCAAGAAUAAUAUUUUUUUAACGAUUCUAGUUAAGUGUUUGAAACGGUGCAUAUAAAAAAGCUUGAGCAGCGAGCGUUAAUUAAGUGAAUUGUUGCUGUGUUCUUACAGCUGGAUUGGUUUGUGUGUUUGAAAAGUGCAUUGAAACUAGUGGAGAGUAAUAAACUUUCAUUCGAACCGCCAAUCGUCCAACGGAAUCGUGAAGAGGCAACGGACGAAAGAUGAAUGCCUCCGAUCAUGGAUUCAAUCCAGCAUUUAACAUGGCCACCAUAAGACAGGCGAUAAACGAAACGAUAGAACGAGACCUUGGUGUUCUUCUCAAAACAGUUCGCAUACCGACGCCUACCCGCCUGCGGGACCUAAUCCGACAGAUUCGUGCCGCCCGAACGGCCGCCGAGGAGCGAGCGGUGGUGAAUCGGGAGUGCGCCUACAUCCGCAGCACAUUCCGCGAGGAGGACUCGGUGUGGCGAUGUCGAAAUAUCGCCAAACUGCUGUACAUCCACAUGCUAGGUUAUCCGGCGCAUUUUGGCCAGCUGGAGUGCCUGAAGCUAACCGCUAGUCCCCGGUUUACGGACAAAAGGAUCGGCUAUCUGGGGGCGAUGCUGUUACUGGACGAGCGGCAGGACGUGCAUUUGCUGAUUACUAAUUGUUUGAAAAAUGACCUCAACAGUCCAACUCAGUUCGUGGUGGGCCUAGCACUGUGUACCCUUGGAGCAAUUGCAUCCCCCGAGAUGGCUCGGGACUUGGCCGGCGAGGUGGAGAAGCUGAUGCGAUCGCCCAAUGCAUACAUCAGAAAAAAAGCGGCACUUUGUGCCUUUCGUAUCAUCAAACGGGUCCCGGAGCUAAUGGAAAUUUUCCUGCCCGCAACCCGGUCGCUGCUGAACGAGAAGAAUCAUGGUAUUCUGAUCGCCGGUGUUACCCUCAUAACCGAGAUGUGCGAAAAAAGUCAGGACACACUGACUCACUUUAAAAAGGAUAGUGGAAACCAAGAGAUCGUGCCCAAUUUGGUGCGAAUCUUGAAGAACCUGAUACUGGCCGGAUACUCGCCCGAGCAUGACGUCAGCGGAGUGAGUGACCCCUUCCUGCAGGUGAAAAUACUCCGAUUGUUGAGAAUACUGGGCCACAAUGAUCCGGAUGCGUCCGAGGCGAUGAAUGACAUCCUGGCGCAGGUUGCCACCAACACCGAGACCAGCAAAAAUGUCGGCAACACGAUUCUGUACGAAACGGUGCUGUCGAUUAUGGAUAUCAAAUCCGAGGGCGGAUUACGCGUGCUGGCAGUGAAUAUCCUCGGCCGGUUCCUGCUGAACAGUGAUAAAAACAUUCGCUACGUCGCGCUGAACACACUGCUCCGCACGGUGCACGCCGACAUUUCCGCUGUUCAGCGGCAUCGCAGCACGAUUCUGGAGUGCCUCAAGGAUCCAGACGUUUCGAUACGACGCCGGGCGAUGGAACUUUCCUUCGCACUAAUCAACUCGCAGAACAUCCGCGCGAUGUCCAAGGAGCUGCUGAUCUUCUUAGAAAAGGCGGACGCCGAGUUCAAGGCACAGUGCAGCAGUCGAAUGGUGCACGUGGCCGAACGGUACGCUUCGUCGAUCCGCUGGCGGUUGGAUACGUUGCUGAGCGUGCUGAUUGCGGCCGGUAACUACGUUCGAGACGACGUCACUUCUUCCACAAUUCAGCUGAUUCUGAACAGUCCACCGGAGGAGCAAGCCUAUAUUGGUCUUCGGCUGUGGGAUUCUCUUCAUAACAUUACCAAUUCGUUCGAAGACAAGCAGCCUCUGUUGCAGGUGGCUGUUUGGACAAUCGGCGAAUACGGGGAUUUACUGUUGAGUAGUGAACGCCUGGAAGAUGUUGAAAUUCCUGCAGAGAGUGACUUGGUGGAUCUCUACCAGAAACUACUGUGGUCUACCUCGGUUUCGACGACUAGUAAGCAGUAUGCGCUCGUAUCGCUGGCCAAACUAAGCACUCGAAUUAAAACCAGCGAGGAGGAGAUAAAAGCCCAACAGAUCAUCGAAGCGUUCGGUACCCAUUUGAACAUUGAUUUGCAGCAACGUGGCGUUGAAUUUUCCCAACUCUUUCGUGACUACAGCCAUCUUCGUCCAGCGUUACUAGAGAAAAUGCCGAAGAUACAGAAAUCACUCACCAACGGUAACGACAACGGUGGCAUUUACGACGAGCACUCCAACAGUAUCGAUCUGAUUGAAAGCGGUGGCGACGAAGUGGAAUUGAGCGGGUUCGUGUCUUCUAGUACUACCACGAAGAUCGGAUCAGAUUCCAAUGCCCUCCUAGAUCUACUUGGCGGCAGUGAUGAUCCAGUAGACGGUAUAGGGCUGAUCCCCUCGACCAACUCGAUAAUUUCGUCCACUGUCAAUGGGAAAAUUCCGACUACCAGUGCUUCCAACAACCAGGAUUUGCUCGACCUACUCGGUGGACUGGAUUUACCUGUCAGUACACCACCAGCAGCGAUUGCGCCCCUUGGCGGUGUCGGUUUGGAUCUGAACAGCUUGAAUGAGAAUAGUAUUCGCUCGACGAGUACGGCUCCAACCAUUCCUUUGGUUUCCGGCUCUUCCUCUUUCGGUGGGUUGGAAAAUCUGUUGAAUUCCAACCUAACAUCGCCAACGGUAGCACCGACAAUGACAAUUCCAACAAGUGGUGUGACCUCUCCCUUAGGAAACAGUACCGGUCUGUUCGGCGAUUUUUCGUCCAUCAAUAAUAAUGAGGAGCACUCUAAAACAUUGACAGCUUUGGAUAAGGAUGGUCUGCUAGUUCAGUUGCUAUCCAAGCAAAGUGGAGGCUGCUUGCAGAUUAUCAUGACUGCUGUGAAUAAUUCACUCACCACUUUGGAGCAAUACUUAUUCCAGGCGGCUGUUCCCAGAAGUUUCUCCCUGCAGAUGCUUUCGCCCUCCGGUUCUACACUACCUCCUGGUGGCACCAUUACGCAAGAAAUGCGAGUUUCGAGCACUGCGAAGGCCACGCUUCGAAUGCGCCUGCGAAUAUCCUAUCAAUGUGACGGUAACCCGAUAUUGGAGCAAACCGAAGUGUCCGGCUUUCCCGAGGAACCCACGCCGCUCGAAUGAGGUCCGAAUUGGAACGUAAACAUAACGGUUAAGUUUUAAUUUGCCAAGCAUGCCGAGCAGCUGAUUCGAGUGAUUAGCUCGGCUGCUUUUCUCUGUCAAUAAUUUCAAACGUUUUCUUAGGAUUUUAGAUCCUUUCCAAAUUCUCCGGAACCAUUUUUAUAGUACUCCCUGGUGGCAAAAGUUUUCGUGAACCCCCCUGCUUAAAUAAAUCCCUACUUGUAGAGUCAAAUAUUUUUUUCUAAAUUCAUCUCCCACUACUAGUUAACUAACACUUAAGCGUUAUAAAAUCUACCCAUAAAUACUACUAAUCUACCGGUAGAGGAGACUAAAGCAAAUGCAUACUGCUAGUGAUUAUUAGGGCGUUUGCUUGAGAAAGUGAGUGAAAACAAGUACGAGUUUGCGCGUAAACUGUAAAUACUUACCUACCUACUACAGAUGAAGAGCGAUAUUAUAUUAUGAUUGAAUCGUGUAAGUAAUUGAAAAUACCCGUAGAUUAAGGACGACGACGUUGAACUGAGUAACGGCAUGGCAAUCUAGGGGAAAAGCUGGCUCAAAAAAAAAAUGACAAAUUUCUAAGUGUAAUCAUGGCGAGCUGUCUGUCGGAAUACACUUUAGGCUUAACCUUUUUUUCCGUUUCCGUUUUGCUCCGAAAUCAACAAUAGAGUGCUGAUGACGAUAAUGAAGAUGUAAGUGUACUGUUUUCCGUCCAAGAAACCCAAUUACGCGUGUGAUGAAUGGCGUAUAGGUGAAGCGAAGAAAGUUCAUAGAGUUUUCUUUCUGUAUCUGCUGUCUUAAAUAAUUUGUAGUUGGUACGAAAGCCUUGCUUUCGCUGCAAAUUAGCGUGAUUUUUGUUUACUCUUAAGUUUGUUCGUACAGAAAAGACAAUACCUUCUUACUAACUCAGCCAUGCUUGUCAGGCAUACCGCUCUCAUCAAGUUUUCGCAGUUUGAACUUUAUUUGGUACCUACGAUGAUUAGCUUCGGUUUGAUACGAGUGAGCGGUGCUUUUCAUAUAGUUAAUACAUAUGCGGCAGUAUUUUUGUACCACAAGCGAAAUUAUUCGAUGAGAACUCUAGUAACGAAAGUGACAAAUUGACUCUAGUGGACAUAAGUGGAAGAUGCAAAAUGUUAUAUUAAAUUAUAGAGGAUGAUGCUAUCGGUUAGUAAGAGCUAGAGCGUAGACUGUAAGUAGAAGGAUCUAGACAAGCCUGUAGAAAGAGGAAGUACACCUAACAAAAACGUAACUAAACAAGGCAAAAUAGAACAGACACAAACAGACUAUGCAUGACAGAACACACUCUAAUCGAUAAUAGGUUCUGUUCGAAGAACUCCCGUGACGCGGCUGCGCCAAAGGUUGAGAAGGAACAGUAAUAAAAAAACCCCCCGUAACUGUUGUAACUGCUAUAAAUAUAUGUAUAAUACAUGAUCGAUUGUA